AUGGAAAGCAUGUCCAGAGCUAUCCAAGACAGGAACAGCCAGAUAAUCAGUCUAGAGAAGCCUGUUCUAGAAGAAACCAAGGAACAAGAUAUCACCAGAUGCCAGAGCAUUCUCCAUAAUGUUUAUCCAAAGCAAUUUAAAAUUCAGCCUUUGGUUUCAGACUUUGAAGAAGUUCCAACUAAUAGUCAACUUUGGAUUAAUUUCAGCGACCUGAGAUAUGUGAAGUUUGCUCAAAGUAUGAAGUAUCUCAAGUUCUUCAAUAUAAACUCGAUUUGGUUUGACGAUGUUGAUUCUAAAAAUAAGCGUUUUGUUGACUUCUUAGAAACCUCAUUCCCAGAUAAAACUAAUGAACUCUGUUUUCGCUCUGAUGAUGGUUUGGAUCUUAAUAGUUCCAAUUACUUAAACACCCUGAUCAGGCUCAGUUCUAAGGUCACCCAAAAAGUGGAAUUUAUUGGUUUCUACAUUGGGCUCCCCCAACUGAAGAGACUAGUGGCAGCUUACAAGCAUGUCAGAGUUCUGAAAUUAUUCUAUUGCAGUCUGUCUAUUCCAAACACCCCUGACUUUUCAAAGGCUCUUAUAAAUUGCCAAAUCCAGGAACUAAGUUUAGAAGGCUCAGGAUGUUCUUAUAAAAGUGACUGGGGAAACAACUUUGAUGAGUUCGAGAAUUUGGCACUAGGAUUAGCAAGUUCUCCAGAUUUAAGCCUGAGUCUCAAAAAGGUAUAUAUCUAUGAUUGAGGAGUAACCCAAAAUGAAGCUGAACAGAUCUUUGAAGAAAACCAAUUUAAAAAUGUCGAAAUAAUUGAGGAAGUUAAGUUUUAGUAAA